GCUGCCAUGAGCAAGGCCCACCCUCCCGAGCUGAAGAAAUUUAUGGACAAGAAGUUAUCACUGAAAUUAAAUGGUGGCAGACAUGUCCAAGGAAUACUGCAGGGAUUUGAUCCCUUCAUGAGUCUUGUGAUCAAUGAAUGUGUGGAAAUGGCAACUAGUGGGCAGCAAGAUAAUAUUGGGAUGGUGGUCAUACGAGGAAAUAGCAUCAUCAUGUUGGAAGCUUUGGAACGAGUUUAAACAGUGGCUUUUCAGAGGAAUUCAUGCCCCCUUCUCAAAAGGCCUAUUUUACUACUGAUGUGAAAUCAGGUCGUGUACAUUUUCAUAUUAAACUUUUUGCAAAAUGUAAAAAAA